UUUGCUUGCUCGAGCCCCCCCCCCCCCUCUUUCCUCCUGCUUUUCUUCUUGGUAUAAUCUCAUCCCCCAUCUCCUACCGAUUCUCCCUCCGCAUCGCCGCUACCGCCGCAACACCACUGAAUCACUCAAUCACCAAUCUCCCUCCAAUGGGUGCGUCCUUUUGCACUGCUUUUAUACAUUUCCAGGUAAAUGAGAUUGCAUGGGACAUACUGGAGAAAGUUCUUUCUGACAUCUGGAAGUGGUAUUGUCGAAGUCAUUUCAUACCCCUCAUUAAAGGCACUUGCCACCCUUACCGCUCACUUUGCUGGCGGUUAUUGCAUUGCAAUUGAUCCACUAGGAAGGUUCCCACAAUGGCCCUUGAGAAGGUUUUUAUAGCAAAAAACACAUCAGUGGUUCAGGAUGAGGUUCUUGCACACAGAUUGGGGCUUAUUCCCUUGAGAGUUGAUCCAAGGAUGUUUUCUUAUAAGUCAGAAAAGGAUGAACCAAAUGAGAAAAAUACCAUUGUUUUUGGACUUCAUGCUCAGUGUAACCGAGGUGAACCACGACGUUCAGUCAAGUCAGAAGAACUGAAGUGGCUGCCAAAUGGGAGUAUGUUCUUGUUGGAUAUAGAAAAUAAAGAGUCAAGUUCAACCACGACACCCAGAACUUAUACUAAUUUUAAGUCUAGCCAGGAAAUGCAACCUGAACUAUCUGAAAAUCUAAUUCAUCCUAAGAAUCCUGAUAUCACUAUUGCUAGAUUUGGGCCAGGACAGCAAUCUUGUCAUCUGUCCAGGAAAUCGAACUUGAAGUACAUGCUGUUAAAGGUGUUGGCAAAGAGCACGCAAAGUGGUCUCCAGUUGCCACUGCUUGGUACCGGAUGCUUCAUGAGGUUGUUCUCUUGCAAGAUAUUUGUGACGAGGAGGCAGAAAAGCUGGUUGAAUAAUGUCCAGCUAAUGUUUUUGACAUAAAAGACACUCCAACUGGUA